AGUCGAGAAAGAUUAUAGGAAACAAAAGGUGGCUCCACCCUCAUUGGUGGAAAAGGGACAAAUUUUGGAAGCAUGCUUCCCUUGCUUCCCAAGGUUUAAAGAUGAUGUUGGGGACCUUGGGCUUUGCACCUUUUCCUUGGCAUAUACAGUGGGACACUGCUUGCAUCCACUUUCUUGCAGAUAAGAUCAUGAUGAUGUGGGAAAGUUGUUUCAGGUAAUGGUAGUCCCAUUGGCAAGGGACAGUGAUGUGAUGUUUGUGACCAAAAGUCACGUCACAAGCCUCCAGCAUUGGUGUAAGAUUAAUUUUUCUCACUAUGAUCGAACAAUACAACAUUACUUAACACAGAUUGGCUCCAUUCACUUCAGUAGCAUAUCACUUUCCACAUUGACAGAGUUACGGGUGAUAUGGCUUCCGUGUCCGACUGAUGAGGCAAACUAUGACAAAUUUGUUGUUGCUGGGGCUUGCUUGGGUGCGUCUAUAAAGAUGGCUGAUGUGGAGAUAUGUUGCUAUCAUGGUUAUAUUGGUGUGCUAUCACGUUUGACAGGAGAGUUUCAAGAAGCGCCACAUUCCUCUGUAGUUCAUGAAGAAGACAUAAGUGAAACUGUUCAAAUAAAAAUUCUGGAUAUUUUUCUGUGGCUCUACAGCUGGAAGCACAGCACUCGUACAUGAAGAAACACCACAGAAGGAACUAGGUUCAGUUUUGAUCAUAUAGCACAUCAAAGGCUGUCUACAAUUAGAACGUGGCCUGCUACAAGUCGAACAAGGGGAAAUAACAGUAAAAUUAAAUAAUAAAAAAAACCUCUAGUUAAACUUAUUUCUGUACUUAAUAAACAUAGAGAGACAACCAUGCAAGCUGCUUAGUAUGUGCAAGGAGUUGAAGUAGUGGAGCCUGAAACUUUUGAAGGUUAUGGUCAGAUUUAUCAGGACAACAAUCUUUGCCCAUUUGGAUUGCUAUCUUUUAGGGUUUUGUGGAAAAAUAUACUGUAGCAAUU